AUGAACAUUAACAGUAAUAAUAACAAUUCCUCCAGCCAUAUAUCGCCAACGAGGUAUGCGCCACAUUUAUCCGAGUUUUAUUCAAUAGUAAAUAACACAAGUCCUAGAAGCAAUAAUAGAUUACCAGAGCCUAUUGCAACGCACGGCGCUUUGAAAGAAGAAGACCAGUACAAUCGUCGCAUGGCGCCUGCAAGCGUGAGGUCAGCCAUGAGUACGAUAAGUGACUUAAGGACACUCGUCACCAAAAGAGAUAUCAAAGAUACGGUAGAUGCGAUGAAUAGCCUUUUUGAUAGUUCCCAGGGGUAUGCAAAGUCCUUACAGGAGGUAUCGAAAUGUGCUAGUCUAAUGGCACAAUCUUUAGAAACACUGGCGAGACUGAAGGGGUGCCGUGAUGACACUGCAGAAAGAAUGCUAAGUGCCAGUGGUCUGUUUUAUUUGCAAGCGAAUCAUGAAAAUAUUAUGUCACAAUGUCUUCAGGGAGCUCUGGGAGAUGAACUGUUAAAUGAAAUGGAUGAAUUUCAAAUAAAAUCCAAGACGAUGGAGAAUCAAUUCAAAAAGAAUUUUAAAGAUCAAAGUAUGAAAUUGAAAAUGCAGGAGAGACACAAUAUUAAGCAAAGCAAAAGGAAAACCAGGAAUAUACUGUUAUAUAAGGAGAGCCUGAUGAAUUUACAAACACAAUUAGAUCAGUUGGAGACACUGAGGCAUGAUUAUUAUCAAAGCUCAUACGAUUUAGUUGAAACUGCCUGCGAUAAGGUACUGGAAAAUGUAGCGACAGUUUCAAGAGCAAGAGUUGAAAUAUCGGAAAAUAUUGCUAGAAAAGGUUGGUCUGGAGGCGGAUUAGAUGAUCUAUUGAUGGAUGCAGAGGACCCUUUUGGUAAAGAAGACGAUCAAGAAGAAGGUGAAAUGGAGGGAGAAUACCAGCGACAACAAGAGGAAGGAACUCAUGAACGGGUCGACGACGUCGACCCUGAAGCGACCUUGGGUUCCAAAUCAUCGAGCGGUACUACUAAAGAUACCAUUGACGAAAAUAAUGUAAGCAAUUCUGAUUUCCUAAGAGGACCCCCUACACCGGUAAGAAAGAUGUCUCCUUUAAAUACUGUAAAGUCGCCCUUAGGCCACAAAAGCGGCUCUGUACGAAAUUCUUCGAUACACGAUUAUGAUGAAUCGAUCAAAAUGGAGAGUCCUCAAAUGGACAUCUCAGAUACAGCCGAAUCUGCUUUUGACAACUCUUUCUCACUACCUCUGGCAGGCAGUGCAAAGAGUCGAAUAAAUGAGAAUGAUGACAAAAGUAUAUUAGGUGAUAAGGAAAAUAUCCUUAAAGACAUGUUGGCAAUUGACUUGAAUGACGCAUCCCCUUGCAGCUCAAGUAUAGGACCACAAGAUAAUUAA